AUGGCCUGCCGCGCCGUCUUCGCCCUCUGCUUCGGAGUGCUCGCCGCGUCGCUCCAGAUCCCGCACCGCUCCAGAUGCCUCACGCACCGACGCGCCACCCCCGUCGACACGGCCCCGGACGACGCCGGCGCCGACCUCACGAGCCGCAAGAUCGUCGCGGGCCUCGCCGCGGUCGGCGUCGCGGAGACGGCGUAUUUGAGCUACUCGAAGCUCGCGGCGGCGCCGGUCAUGUGCGCGUCGCAAGCCUGCGGCGGCGUGCUCAACUCCGCCUACGCGUCGGUCGCCGGCGUGCCGCUCGCGUUCUUCGGGUUCGCCGCCUACUUUACGACGCUCGCGCUCGCGGCGGCGCCCCUCGUCGCGCCCGGCCUCGAGAAGAAGACGCGCUGGCCGCUCCUGGCGACGACGAGCGCCAUGGGCUGCUUCUCCGCGUGCCUCCUGCUGCUCCUCGCGUUCCGGCUCCAGGAGUUCUGCGCGCUGUGCGCGGGCUCCGCGGUUCUCACGCUGACGAACGCCGCGGUCCUGCGCGCCUGGAAGGCGGAGGCCCCGCCGCCGCGCCUCGUCGGCGCCGGCGCCGCGGCGCUCUUCGCGGCGGGCGCGCUCUUCCUCGCGGAGACGGACGUCGCCAUGGCGGAGGCGCGCGCGCAUG